UCUACUAUCGCACGUAUAUAAAGUACGAGUGGCAUGAUCCCACCUCGCUUUGAACGUUCGCAUAGUGCGUAAGAUUCGAUUUGCUUAAGGAGACGAAUAUUUCAAUAUGGUAACCAUAAAUCCGGAAUCGUUUAAAGUUUUUGCUUUUUGGGGCAGCAUACUUGCUCUAAAAUUAGUAGGAAUAGUAGCAUUGACUGUACGUCAGAGAUUUUCAAAAAAGAUAUUUUCAAAUCCCGAAGAUGCUGCAAAUUUAAAAGGGUCAAAGGUUUCUUACAGUGAUCCUGAUGUUGAACGUGUACGCAGAGCACAUCUAAAUGACUUAGAAAACAUUCCCAUUUGGUACAUAGUUACUCUUCUGUGGUUAACUACACAACCUUCUACAUGGUUGGCUGGGAUUUUGAUCAAGACUUUUGUCAUUGCUCGAUUUGUUCACACAUUGGUAUAUGCUGUUGUACCGAAACAACCUUACAGAGCACUGGCCUUCUUUGUAGGACUUGGCAUUACAAUUUAUCAAGCAAUCAGUACCUUAACAUAUUACUUUUGAUUCGAAUAUUAUUUGAUACAUUUGUUUUUUAAUAUGUAAUUUUGUUUUCUGUUAUCAUGUAACACAGAGUAUAUUUGAAUAUCUGUAUCUUAGAACAUGUAUGAACAAAACAGUCAGAACUUAAUGUCACAAAAUCAUUCUACAGCCAUUCCUUUAUUUAUACCAGAGAUCAUGUAUUUUGAGAAAUAAUUUU